AUGGACGUGACCAAAGACAACAGCGUGCAAGCCGCCCGGCGUACCAUCCUGAAAGACCUCGCCUCCCGCGGACCCGAACCCGACAACCCGCUGCCAUUCGUCGGCCUGGUAAACAACGCAGGCGUGACGGGGAUGGCUCCCUUGGAACACCACGCCCUUCCCGAGGUGGAAAAAAUCUUCGCCGUCAACGUCUUCGGCCUCCUAAGGUCUCCCAUCAACCUGAUCAAAUCCUCCUACCAGACGUACGGGAGCGUCUUCACCGUGAACCUCUUCACCCAACGCAUGACCUUUUUGAUCGGCCCGGAGGCGGCCGCGGCAUUUUUCAAGGCGAGCGACAAGGAGCUGGGGCAGGACGAGGUGUACGGGUUCAUGAAAGCCGUCUUUGGGGAGGGCGUGGUGUACGACUCGGACCCCAAGAAACGGAAUUUGCAAAUGCAACGGACGGCGAACGCCUUGAAAUCGGGCCGGCUUCGGACGUACGUGGAAAAAAUUUCGGAGGAAACGGAGGCAUUCUUUAAGGGGUGGGGGGAGGCGGGGGAGGUGGAUAUCUGUGAGGCGCUCAGCGAUUUGAUCAUUUUGACCGCUUCCCGGUGUUUGCACGGGGACGACGUCCGCCAGGAGCUCUUCGCGGAGGUCUCCAAGCUUUACAAUGACCUGGACCAGGGGAUCACGCCCGUCUCGGUGUUGUUCCCGAACUUGCCGAUCCCGUCGCAUUGGAAACGGGACGCGGCUCGGAAAGAGAUGGUCAAGCUCUUCUCCAAGGUGAUCCAACGCCGGCGGGCGGCAGGGGCGGCGGAGGCAGAGGCCCGCACGGACAUCCUCCAGGUGUUUAUGGACAUCGAAUACAAGGACGGGAGCAAGAUCACCGACGACGAGGUGACGGGCUUGCUGAUUGCCUUGCUCUUUGCCGGGCAGCACACCUCCUCCAUCACGUCUUCCUGGACGGCCUUGUACCUGGCGCAAAAUAAGGGCUUGCAAGACCGAGUCUAUGCGGAGCAAGUCGCCAUCCGGGGGCAGGACACGGGGUCCGAGGCAGCGCUGAGGGCCUUGGAUUUCGACGCGGUGGGGAAAAUGGAUCUGUUGUUCAAUUGCCUUCGAGAGGCUUUGCGGAUGCACCCGCCCUUGAUCAUGCUGAUGCGGCAAUGCCGGCAGGACCUGCUCGUCCAGUCCCAGGAAGGAAAAGCCUACACCGUCCCCAAAGGGAGCGUGGUGGCUGUCUCCCCCUCCGUGCAUCAACGCCUCCCGUCUUUGUUCCCGGCGCCCGACAGCUUCGACCCGGACCGGUUUGCGCCCCCUCGGGAAGAACACAAACCUCUCUUUGCCUACGUUCCCUUUGGCGGGGGGUUGCACGCCUGCCUGGGCCAACAAUUCGCCUAUGUGCAGCUGAAAACCGUCCUCUCCUUGCUCUUCUCGAAAUUUGAACUGACUUUGGCUACCCCCGACGGUGCCGUUCCUCCCCCGAACUACCACGCGAUGGUGGUAGGGCCCACAGCGCCCUGCACUGUUAAGUACCGACGGCGGUAA